GAUUCUACAAUGAGUUGAUAGUCGAAAAUCUUAAGUCUUAACCAGUCUUAACCUAAAUAUAUGAUUAUGAUUUUUCGCAUCUACAACUUAUUAAUGUAUAGGAAGUCGUUCAGCUUGACUAAUGGGAAGAAAUAAAGUCGAAUUUGGUAAGUCUUAAGAAAAUCGGUAGUCUUAAUCAUACAAGUUGGCUGUUGGCCAACUUCACCGAUUUACUGAUAAGACUUAUAGGACUACAGACUAUUGACUCGUUGUAGAAUCAGGAUUAUACGUAUAUUUUUAUUACUUAAGAAGGGGAUAUUAAAUUUGUUCAUAUUCAAUUAGUUUGUUUGAGGAUUUUGUAGCAGGACAGAAAAUUACUAAUCUGAUGAAGGCUUUAAAAUAUAGAAAUUUGCCGAGCGUACCUCUAAGUCGAAGGACACAGAGAUCCUGUGGACUGAUAGUCAGUCGCAUUUUAGUAAAUGCAUGCAUGUAUGCUAACAUAAUAUAGAAAAGAAUUUUGGAUAGACAGUAGAAUGAAACAUGGAUGCAAUAUUAUUUGCAAUGGAUGACGACUUAAAUAUUGAUAUGUUUAAUAAUGGACUGAAUAUCGCAAUAGUUAAUAAUGGAAUUAAUAUUGGUAUGCUCAAUUUUAUUAUAAAUGAUAUGGUCAAUCCCUUGCAAGAAAAUGAAAUAAUCGCACGACGUAAUGAAAGACCAAAAAAUGAAAAUUAUUUUGAAGGCAUUAUUCCGAGAUAUACAGACAUACAAUUUCUAGAACACUUUCGUAUGUCGCGAGUUAUAUUUGAGGCAUUAUUAAACGUAGUAGCACCUUUACUAAAUCCGGAAGAAUAUGUAGAUGUAAGCUCAUCAAAGAAAUUACUAUUUACAAUAUGGAUUUUGGCCAAACAAGAAAGUUUUUUAGCUACAGGUGACAGAUUUGGUUUAGCAAAAUCUAGUGGUCACAAUAUUUUUAAAAGUGUUAUAACUAUCUUGUCAGAUUUAAUGCCUCUCUAUGUUAAAUGGCCAGAUGCCAACGAAUGUCAAAUAUCCAGCAAUAUUUUUGGUAAUCGUUCGCGUGGUUUCCAAGGGGUUAUAGGUGCAAUUGAUGGUUGUCACGUUCCGUGUAAACUGCCAGUAAGAAAUCCACAUGAUUAUUAUAAUCGCAAAGGGUUUCAUUCCAUUAUAUUACAAGGGGUAUGCGAUCAUAGGGGAAAAUUUAUAGAUUGCUUUAUUGGUUUGCCAGGUAGAAUGCAUGAUGCAAGAGUAUUCAGACAAAGUCCAUUAUUUGAAAAUAUGUCGAAUGCAAGGUUACGUUUUAUACUACGACAGCUGCACUUAAUAGGCGAUUCAGCAUAUCCACUGGUGAUGAAUCUGAUGACACCAUAUAAGGACAAUGGUCAUCUAACAGUCUCACAAAUACGAUAUAAUACGAAAUUAAGUUGCAUUCAUUCAAGGACUGAAAGAUUGUUUGCGCUGUUGAAAGGAAAAUUUAGAAAACUCAAAUACCUUGACAUUUCAGAUUUUGAUCUAGGAAACAAAAUGAUUGCAGCUGCAUGUACAUUACAUAAUUUUAUAAUAGAUGGUGAUAAUUUGAAUAUAGAUGAUGAAGAUUAUUUAGAAGAGCAAAAUUUACAUGAAAUAGAACAAGAAGGAGAAGAAGAAAUACAAGAGGCUGUACAAAAGCGCAGAUAUAUUACAGAUUAGUUAUAAUUAUUAAAACGUAAUAAGUUAUAUUUACAGAUAAUAUAAAUUAUAUAAGUGACAUUCGUGACUAGACCUUAUCAUCCUAAUAUCAACAGUAUGGAAGUAUUUGUUUGGAUAUUUUAUGAUCUUACAUUAGUAGUCUCCAACACUCAUCAAAAGAUAUGUGUUUCAUGCAUUUGGAAAAAUAUAUUUUGUCAUUAGUUUUUUAAUAUUAUUAAUUAUUUUAUAGUGUUAUCGCCAAUAUAGUCCUUGCUGUGUGAUUCAAAUUCAGAUGAUCCAUUGGUACCAGAGAUAGCCAGGAUAUACAAAACCGACACAGGGAGAAG